UGAGCUGGCGUGAAGAGGCAGCACUCUGCUUCCUCUGCUGCUGGAGCAGGAGGUGAGCGUGCAUCACGCACACGCACGCACAAGUGUGUGUGGCUCCGCCUCCAUGCUGCAGUCUGUCUCCACGCUUCAUGCCAGUGUUUAAGAGCAGCUGCUCGGCAUGCUGAACCAGACCUGACCAGGUUCUACUGGACCGACAUGGAGCCGAGAGGACGAGACAAAUGACGAAAGCCGACACGAGCAGGAUGACGGGUAACAGGUCAUCACUGGCUCCGCCCACCAGCUCUGUAGUUCCAGCACAUCUCAACAGCUCCCUGUACCCCCCCAUACCAGACUGGGAGCCCCCCAGUUUCUCCCAGGCUGCUCAGUUUCGGGUUGGUGCCAUCUUCAUCCUCUUCCUGUUUGCUGCCUGCAGUAAUACUGCUUUACUGACUAGUGUGUGGUGUGGGCGUGGCCGACGGUUGGCGUCACACCUUCGGCCGCUGAUGCUGAGCCUGGCGUCAGCUGACCUGAUGAUGACGUUUGUGGUGAUGCCUCUGGACGCCGCGUGGAACGUGACCGUGCAGUGGUACGGAGGUGACGCUCUGUGCAAGCUGCUCUGCUUCCUGAAGCUGUUUGCCAUGCACGCCUCCGCCUUCAUCCUGGUCGUCAUCACCCUGGACCGCCAGCACGCCAUUCUGCACCCACUGGACGCCCUGAGCGCCCACCGGAGGAACCGCUUCAUGCUGCUGCUGGCCUGGACCCUCAGCCUGCUGCUGGCCUCCCCACAGUUAUUCCUCUUCAGGACCAUCAAAGUCGACCGGGCAAACUUCACUCAGUGUGUGUCUCAUGGCAGCUUUAGUCAUCGCUGGCAAGAAACUGUUUACAACAUGUUCCACUUCAUUACUCUGUAUGUGGUCCCCCUGCUGGUGAUGAGCUGCUGCUACAGUCGGAUCCUGCUACACAUCCACCAGCAGCAUCUAAGGGACAAAGGUGAAUCACAUCUUCGUCGCAGCGGCACAGACAUCAUCCCAAAGGCUCGGAUGAAGACCCUGAAGAUGUCUGUGGUCAUUGUGCUGUCCUUUGUGGUGUGCUGGACGCCAUACUACCUGCUGGGGAUCUGGUACUGGUUCCAGCCUGACAUGCUACGUGUCACACCUGAGUACGUCCAUCAUAUCCUGUUCGUGUUUGGGAACCUGAACACGUGCUGCGAUCCUGUUAUUUAUGGAUUUUACACCCCCUCUUUCCGUGCUGACCUGGCGGCAUGUUGCCGCUGGUCAAAGGAAAGCUCCUCCCCCGUGUCUCUGAACAGACUGUCUACCAGACGCGGUCCUCACAGUGGGGAGCAUGAGCCUCAGUGAUCCUAUGGAUGUCGCUGAGCACUGGACCGCUCGUUCGCAUUCAGAGAGGAUGACCUCCAUUCUGUUACCCUUGUUCUAUCCUAGGCACUUUAACGUUGGGAGUUGGGUCAUCUAGACCCACUAGACAGAGCUCUGAACCUUUUUUCUUCAAUGAUUUGUGAUCUUCACUGGUGUCCAUGGAUUACAUGAAAUCUUUCCACCUUUAUCCACCUUUGUCAUGGUAGGGGGAACACCUCAAUGGAGGGGGGGGUCAUCUAAGAUAGCACAAGGGUUAAACAGUCAGAGAAUAAAGCUGAUCCGAUUUUUGAUUUUAGUUCCUGUUUUUCGUCAUUCGUUCAUAUAUGAAAAAUGGAAUACCCCCCACCCCCACCCGUGUUUGAACUCUUUAAAACAUCAGUCAAAACAGUUUUUCUACUGGACUUUUAUUUGGUUUAAAGACUAAAAAACAGCAGAAAGAAGCGACAGACACGAGGCAGGUCAGAGCCAGAACACAGGCGUGUUUCCAUCAUCUUCAGUCAUUUCAGGUUAAAGACGCUUAAAGCUUUUAUUCUGACACACUUGGAAUAGAAAAUGUACUGUAUGUAUUAUUAAAGCAUUGCGGUUCUCA